CACAAGAGAAGACGUGCAGUGUCCUCACAGACAGAAAGAGACGAAGUAUUUGCUUGGGAGUCAUCUAUCAGAGAUUAGAGAGAUGUCUCAGACUGUUUACGAAAAUUUCAGCUACACUGAAGAGCCAAGCAGAGGAGAGCGAGUGGAAGUGGUGGUGGAUAUCUAUGAAAGUGCGGAUACUGCAAGAAACGUCAAUGCCACCUCAGAAAGGGAUGAUAGCGGCACAAAAAGGAAACUACAAACUCACCACACAGGUGACACUGCAGGGAGCAGAAGCUACAGACUGGCUGCAGUGUGUCUGGGGCUGCUGUGUGUUCUCUUGCUGACCGCCAUCACAGUGCUGUGGGUCAAGUUCACCAACCUGACUGCAGAGAGAGACCAGCUAAAGACCAGCUACACCAACCUGACUAUACAGAGAGACCAGUUACAGACCAGCUACACCAACCUGACUAUACAGAGAGACCAGUUACAGACCAGUUACACCAACCUGACUAAAGUGAGUGAGCAGUUACAGAAAGAAAGAGAUAAACUUCAGGAGAGACUUUGUGGACUGAGUAAAAGCACUGAGCAGGGACAGAAGUGUUUCAGAGACAGUGUCUACUACAUCUCUACUGAGAAGAAGAGCUGGAGUGAGAGCAGAAAGUUCUGCACAGAGAGAGGAGCAGAACUGGUGAUCAUAAACAGCAGAGAAGAACAGGAGUUCAUCAGUAAAGUCUUUGGCAGCUCUGAAGCUUGGAUUGGUCUGACGGACACGGAGAAAGAAGGGGUCUGGAAAUGGGUGAACAGCUCAGCACUGACCACUGCGUUCUGGUGGACAGGGGAACCCAAUGAUCAUGGAGGAAAUGAGGACUGUGCUGUAACUGGCUAUAAAGGUGCUGUAUCUGAACGUGUAUCAACCUGGGCUGAUUAUCCCUGUGAUCAUCAUGUAGUUGGACUCUGUGAGAAAAGUUUCAUUUAAUUUGGUCUACAUAACAGAGAACAGCAAAACCGAUUUAACAUACAUUUAAAAUACUGUAAUGUGCAUAAAGCUGUGCAGUAAUCUGUGUAAACUGCAUGUUUUUAUAUUUUCCUCCCUGCAUUAUUAGUGUUUGUAAUAGGACUUACUUAAAUGUAGAGACAAUGUAAAGCAGUCUCCAGUCUUCUUUAGUCUCCAGUUUUACUUCGGGUCAACACACACACACACACACACACAGUCUGCAGCAGCGUAGACCUCCUUUCUAUGCUGUCUGUACCUUGUAUGUUAUUUUAGCAUUGACUGAAUUAAAUCCUCUACAUUUUAAACAAUA